UUUACACUAGCAACAAUGGCGACCAUCACCGAGCUAAAACACGCUUUGAGGGAAACACUAGAAUCCCGUGGUGUCCUGGGCCAGCUGAAGGCUCGCAUCAGGGCAGAGGUGUUUAGUGCCCUGGAUGACCAACGUGAACCCCGCCCCCAACUGUCCAAUGAAAAUCUGCUCAUCAACGAGCUCAUCCGGGAGUACCUGGAAUUUAACAAGUACAGGUACACCUCAUCAGUUCUGACAGCGGAAUCAGGCCAACCUGAAGCCCCCCUGGACAGACAGUUCCUGGCAAAUGAGUUGAAAGUAGUGGAAGAUGCAAGUUCCAGAUCUGUGCCUCUUCUGUACGGCUUGGUGUCUCAUUUCCUGAGCACAAGUGGUGAAAAUGGAGGGAAGGUAUUCCUGAGAGGCACCUCUCUCUCAGCCGGUUCCAGUGUGUCUAAUACAAAGCCUGGGCCUGAAGCUUAAACACCAGUUUGUUUCACGGGAUAUGUUUUGUGCAGUAUGUUCUGUAGCAGCCAAUAAUGUAAUAACUACCAUUAAUGCAGUAACUGAAAAUAACGUGAUAAUUUUUCCAUUGUUAAUGUAGUAAAAGUCGAUAAUGUAAUAACUGGCCAAUAAUGAAUGUAAUACAUUUUCUGAACCAAUAACGUUAAACUUUUUGCCCAUAAUGUCAUAAAUGAUUGCAUUAUUGGCUGGUUAUUACACUAGCUGGGUUAAAAAAUCAUUAUAAAAAUGUAAUAACUGGAGCCGAUAAUGUAAAAAAUAUACUUAUAACACUUUGUUUAAGUUUUGUGUAUUGGCUAUAAAGUGUCACUUCAUAACUUUUACCUGACACCCCCCCCACACACACACACACACACUCUGGGAAUUGAGACUAUUUAUUUGUUCAUGUAACUUGAUGGUUAGACUUCUAUACAUACACCCUGCCUUCUACUCCUUAACCAUUCGAGUACCAAAUGAAGUGCGAGCACAUUUGCAAACACAAACAAUUACUCUUAUGUCACAUAAUAUAAAAUAGAUACUUCUUUGAAGACGCUUUGUCCUUGAAUACAAAGACCACCAUUUCUUUUCAUGAAAAAUGUCAUCUUUGAUUAAACGUAUUUACAUCACUUUCAAGCAAACUGUUUCAACCCCACUGUUAUAGUUAUUCAGUACUCUCUCUCUCCAUGUAUAUAUACCUGUGGCGGCUGGUGCUAACAAUUUUAGGGGGGCGUAGUUUACCUUGGCGUGGCAUACCUGACAGCUGCUUUAAUGUCCACACAGUCACAGAGUUAUUAAGAAGGACAAUGUAGCCUAUGUGUGGACAUUAAAGCAGCUCUCAGGUGUGCUACACCAAGCUCAAUUGCACCCUCCCAAAAUUGUUAGCACCAGCCACCACUGAUAUAUACCAAACCUGAGUCCUGAAAGGUUACGUGAAAAAUGUAUUACCAAAUCAGAAUCCUUGCCCUGUUUACAUCCCGGCUUCAUUUGGUACUCAAAUGGUUAAGGAGUAUAAGGCAGGACUGGAGAUAAGUCUAAC